AUGUCGAGAAGUACGCUGAAGGCUUUGCAAAAACGUGAACGGCAGUUAUAUGUGAUUUUCGAUGGUACUGAUAGAUUUAUCCAAACCUAUCACAUCGGUAGUGAUCGGUGCCAAUUAAGUUCAAGGUUGCAAGUGAUUGAUACAGUGUACAGCGAGUUUUUCGAAAUACGGAGCAAGAUUGAAAUGUUGCUGGAUGAAGCGGCCGAGAAAGAGCAGAAAGAUGCUGACAGCGAAGUCAAAGGGGAGAUUGCAAAACAGCGCGAAGAAAACGACAAAAUUCUGCAGCAGUUUGAUGACCGAUACUUUGCAAUUCGAGGUGACCUCCUUAGACUUCAAGGCGAUAAGGAUGCCUUAGGGGUGAACACAACCAGCAACAGUCAGAGUCAGUCUGUGUCAGGGAAUACGUCCAGAGUAAAGCUGCCAGAGAUUCGUUUGCCGUCCUUCAGUGGAACAAUCAGAGAAUGGGUUACAUUUAGAGAUUCUUUUCGUAGUCUCAUUCACGACAACGAGCAUCUGACGAAAAUGGACAAAUUCACUUACCUCCGUUCCUCUCUGCAAGGUGAUGCACUGAAGGAAAUAAACAACAUCGAGCUGUCAGAGGCGAACUACGACGUUGCCUGGAAAAUGUUAGAAGUCCGCUACGAGAACAAAAAGUUAAUUGUCAAGGCUCAUCUCGACGCUCUCUUCGCCCUCGAACCGCUGAAAAAAAGAGAACUACGACGGCCUGAACUUCCUCAUCAGCGAGUUUGA